AGCUUUCUAGCCCAGCAUGAAGUACUCUACCUUGCUAAUACUGGGUCUCAUCUUGGCCCUGGCCUUCACCAGCCAGGCCAAGUCCAAGUCCAAGAAGCAGAAGAACAAGCAAAAGCAGCUGGCCCAGCAGGAGUCGAUCCUGCCCAUGUCCGAGCCCUGCAAGCCGAGCAAGUGCAAACUACCCGAUUGCCGCUGCUCCGAUGCCGUCUUACCCACAUCCAAGUUCCAGGGCAAAGAACGCGAGAUUCCGCAGUUCGUUACCAUCACCUUCGAUGACGCUGUAAAUGCUGUCAACUUCGCCCAGUAUGAGCUGCUCUUUGAGGGAUUGGUCAAUCCAGACGGAUGUGGCGCCGCUGGGACCUUCUUUUUGUCCCACGAGUAUACGGAUUACGCGAGGGUGAAUGCACUCUACAGGGCGGGUCACGAGAUAGCCCUGCAUUCGGUGACCCAUGGAGAUGGCACCGAUUACUGGCGAUCGGCAGAUGUGGCCACCAUAGAGCGAGAGUUCGGAGCGCAGCUGAAAAUGUUGCAGACCUUUGCCAAAGUGGAUCCCAAGAAGAUUCAGGGAAUGCGCCUGCCUUUCCUCCAAAUUUCCGGCAAUAACACCUUCGAAGCAGCCCGUCGCUUGGGCUUGACCUACGACAGCUCCUGGCCAACGCAAAAGUUCAAGGAUCCGGCCAUGUGGCCCUACACACUGGACUACAGGUCGCAGCAGGACUGCCAGAUAGGACCCUGUCCGGAGGCCUCCAUUCCCGGAUUCUGGGUCAAUCCCAUGGUCACGUGGACCGACACUGAGGGCUACAGCUGCUCCAUGAUCGAUGCUUGCGUUUACCCGCCGGAGGACGACGUGGACGAGCUGUUCGACUGGAUGAUGGAGAACUUCAAUAGGCACUAUCUGGGCAAUAGAGCUCCCUUCGGGAUGUAUCUCCAUGCGGCUUGGUUUUCGCGGGGUCGCAAUUACUUUGCUGCCUUCAAAAAAUUCAUUAACCACCUGAACACAUAUUCGGAUGUGUAUUUCACCGGAAUUUCGCGAAUGCUGGAGUACGUGCGGAUGCCCACGCUGGGAACUCCGUUCACGGACUGUCCCGAUCUGCCGGAGGCGGAGUGUCGAGCGGUCCAGUGCCAUGUCCAAAAGAUGUCCACCGGCGAGGAGCGCUACAUGACCGUCUGCGACAAGUGCCCGUCCGUCUAUCCCUGGCUGGACAAUCCUCUGGGUCAGCAGCUCUAAGCCCGCCAGCCAUUCGCCCCAUAAAGCGGCUACACUGAAGAUAAUAAAGUGCAAUUUUUGAAUAGAAAAAUAGGUCUCUGCUUGAACAUGCAACGCCUGCAACAGUUUGGUUUUCCUUUGUGUACUAUGUAAUGAAACUUCCGUGUUUUUCGAAGGACAACGGCUGACAUUUCCCAUCUCUAAGGCAAAUUUACAUGCGCCGCAAUACCGCUGUCACUGAUAAAUGAGCCCAAAUUAUGUUCCCGGCCGUGAGACGCUUAAUUAACUCAUUCAGCGAAGCAGAGCCCCGAGUGUUGUCAUAUUUCAUGGCGUCCUCCUGAAUUAAUGCGCCCGCUUCCGGACCCUCACAUGGAGUCCUGCUCUUGGUGCCCUGCUCUUGGAGUCCUGCGCUUGGGGUCCUGUCAAUGCAGCUGCUACCUGUAAAUGACGCUCGACCGUCUGGACAUC